UUCUUGUUCGGACGGAUUAGGGUUGAACUACACCUUACCAAUGUUCAGCGAAUGUAAGAAGAAACUGCAUUCUAAUGGCAGCAUGGUACAGACCUUUCCAAAGCUCAUCCCAUACUCAUCUGCGGAAGCUGCUUGUCCAAGAAGGAAGAGUAAACUGGGGAUCCCACCCGGACACAGAGUUUGCAGAUUUCCAGAUUGUGGCAAAAAUACCUGUCGAAACGGCUGGUGUGAGGAGACUAUGAAAAACUUCAGAUGCCACUGCUCUGCCGGAUAUCGAGGAAAACGUUGCGAUAAACAAUCAACUACAACACAAGACACCACAACGAUGUCUUCGACGGAAGCCACCACCUCACACCCUACCACAACUACUCAAUCAACUUCAACACAAGAUACCACAACGAUGUCUUCGACGGAAGCCACCACCUCACACCCUACUACAACGACUCAUCUAUUCGGUUCAUCUAUUGUAAGAGAAACAUCAAAAUGUUAUUGA